CAACAUAUCUUAGUGGCGAGGAAAUCGGUGAGGUGUGACCUUUUCUGCAUAUUUACCCUACUCUUUUAUAGAUGAAUAUGUGUUAAAGUAAGUGAGAAAUGCUUUAUAUAAGAUUUUUUGCUUAGAGGAAAUACUUAGAGGAUUUCCCCGCUUAUGAAUAGAAUUUUUUUUGGGUGCAUAGCAAGCAGCGCCCAGAAACACCAAUCAUCAUUUGAACAUGCAUAGCAUAUUCCUAGAACAUAAUGGAACAUACUGCGUAUGUUCAUAUAGAAGUUCGUGAAUAUACCACGUACAUUCUAUGCGAAUAUUCAUAGCACAUUUACAACAUUCCAUAAACAUUCGUAGCAUAUACGCUGCUAAUAUUCCACGUAUAUUCAGUAAGAAUAUCCGUAGAAAAUUCCAUGUGUACAUUCCAUAUACAUUCUGUAAGAAUAUUCAUAGAACAUUCAGAAUAUGCCAUAGACACUCAGGGAACAUUUAAUGCGAAUAUUCCCUGGACAUUCUGUGUGAAUGUUCAUAGAAUAUGAAGAACAUUCUAGAAACAUUCACGGCACAUCCAUGCGAAUAUUCCUGAGAGAGAACAUUCGAAUCAUAUACAAACAUUCAUGGAACAUUCGGUGCUAUCUGGGUCAGUUAUGGCCUAUUUUAGGUUUGAUAAAAAAUUAUCCUAAUAAUAAUCCUUUUGUUAUUGCUAUGUACUGUGGCGAUUCUAAACCUGCUCCACUUGAUAUUUUUUUAGAAGAUUUUGUAAAUGAAUUAUUUGAAUUGUUACAUGAAGGAUUUUUAUUUGAAAAUAAGUUAUAUACUGUAAAAGUUCACAGUUUCAUUUGUGAUGCUCCAGCUAGAGCUUACAUAAAACGUACGAAGUCAUAUAACGGUUAUUCAUCUUGUGAUAAAUGUACAGAAACUGGGGAGUAUGUUCAAAAUAGAGUUAUCUAUAAAAAUGUUUCUGCUCCAAGAAGAACAGAUUUGGAUUUUAAGUUACUUAUUGAUGAAGAUCAUCAUACAGGUGUUUCUCCUCGUUCAAAACUUCCAAUUGGUUUAAUUACAAAUUUUCCAAUUGAUUACAUGCAUGCUGUAUGUUUAGGUGUGAUGAGAAAACUUUUAAAUAGUUGGAUGUGUGGUAAUUUAAAGAUACGCUUGCCUAGUCGAUUAAUAAAUCUUAUAUCGGAGAGAUUAAUUUAUUAUAGAAAAUUCAUUCCUGUCGAGUUUAAUAGAAAAUCUCGUACUUUGAUUGAGCUUGCACGUUGGAAAGCUACAGAAUAUGGAAUGUUUCUUAUUUAUUUAGGUCCUGUAGUAUUGAAAGACAUUCUGCCUAUUGCAUUUUAUGAAAAUUUUCUUUUAUUUCAUUGCAGCAUUUUUUUAUUGUGUUCUGAGAAACAUAUUAAUAAGAUAGGCACUCAAUUAGCUAAUGAGCUUUUAGUUAUGUUUAUAAAACAUUGUGAAAACAUUUAUGGCCCUCAAUUUCUUAUUUAUAACGUUCAUAUAUUGUGUCAUCUAAGUACCGAUGUUGAAAAAUUUGGACCAUUAGACAACAUUUCAGCAUUUCCUUUUGAAAACUAUUUGAAUGUUCUCAAAAUUUAAUUAGACUAGAACAACACAAGCGCGCGCUUCGCGCGCGCCAUUGU